UUAGGCUUUUACUAUGACUUGGAUAUAUAAUGUACGGAAUAUUGAAUAACCGUUUGCGUAAUUAUAUAAGCUUUGAUUUCAAACCAGUUACGGUUGAUACAGUUUAGGUAUAAAACGAAAAGGAAAACCAUGUUCCGUAUAAAAAAGGUUCCCGAGAAUGUAUUGUCCGUUAUAAAAUUGGUCAGAAGCAUGUCCGUGACAGUCCCAAAAGAACCCGAGAAGCCAUCGGUCAAAACUUCGGUUCCUGGACCCAAGUCCCUGCAGCUGUUGAGUGAACUGAACAGUAUACAGCAAGCUCAAUCUGUGCAGUUGUUUGGCGACUAUGAUAACUGUACUGGAAAUUACUUCGUGGACGCGGACGGAAAUCAGUUUCUGGACGUCUUUACCCAAAUAUCGUCGUCUCCCUUAGGAUACAACCACCCAGCACUGCUGGCAGCUUAUGCAAAUAGUCAUGCGCUUAAAUCCUUGAUUAAUCGGUCGGCGCUCCUAGUGUUUCCACCCGCCGACUGGCCAGAAAAACUGAAGAAGAUAUUGCUUGCUAAAGCGCCGCACUGCAUGACCAACGUAUACACGAUGAUGUGCGGCGCCUGUUCCCUAGAAAACGCGUACAAGUGCGCGUUCUUCUGGUACCGCGCCAAGCAGCGCGGCAGCAAGCUGGACUUCACGCCUGAAGAAUUGAACACCUGCAUGGUGAACCAACCGCCGGGGUCGCCGGACUUGGCUGUCAUGUCUUUUUGGGGCGCUUUCCACGGUCGCGCCUUCGGAGCCCUGUCUACCACGAGAUCGAAAUGGAUACACAAAAUAGAUUGUCCGGCCUUCGAUUGGCCUGUGGCCCCGUUCCCGCGAUACCAGUACCCGCUCCAUGAAAACCAACUAUACAACCGUCAGGAAGACCAAAGAUGCCUGGAGGAAGUGUCGAAAAUCUUAGACACGCGACUAAGGUGCUGUAGGCCAGUGGCGGCCAUUGUUGUCGAACCGAUCCAGUCUGAAGGAGGAGACAACGAAGCGUCCCCCGAGUUCUUUCAGUGCCUUCAGCAAAUAUGCAAGCAAAUGGGAGUAGCUCUCAUCAUUGACGAGGUUCAAACGGGGUGCGGGCCGACGGGCAAGAUGUGGGGCCAUGAGCACUUCAACCUGCCCUCGCCUCCGGACCUAGUCACGUUCAGUAAGAAAAUGCUUACGGGCGGUUUCUUCACCACUUCGGAGUUCAAGCCAGCACAGGGUUACAGAAUAUUCAACACCUGGAGCGGAGACCCCGGAAAACUGAUCCUCCUUGACGAAGUAUUUCGCGCCAUUGAGCAUGAGAAGUUGUUAACCACAGUUCAGCAAGCUGGAAAAGUUUUGAAAAAUGGCUUACAUGAACUUGAGAAAGAAUUUUCUACCGCGAUAAUGAGAGUGCGUGGCCGAGGGACGUUUUUAGCAUUUUGUUCCCCUACUGCUAAAGUGAGGGAUAAAAUUAAUAACGAUUUGAGGAAAAAUGGUGUUCUAGGUGGCAUAUGCGGGGAAAAGUCGAUCCGCCUGCGGCCCGCGCUUAUCUUUAAGGAGAGACACGCUAACAUCUACUUGGACAUUCUAAGGAAAGUAUUGAAGAAUCUUUAAAGUACUUAUUACUAUACAUCUUUUCAAGCGAUAUUCAUCUAAUAAGUACUGGUUUUGUUAUAUGCUAGCAAGGCGUAGGUGGGGAUUCUCCGAAAUGUUUUUCGAUAAGUAUUAUGCAUUUUUAAAACAAGUAAUUUUUGACGGCCAUUUAUAUUGUUCUUUUUUUCAAAAACCACAUCGGUGAUGAACAAGCACACGGCCCGCUAGGCUCACCGCGUAGGCAGUUUACAAAAAUCUUAGGUUUCGAGUCUGCUAAAUUAUAAAUACCGGCCAUAUAAGUUCAUGAUUUUAAUUUAUUCAAUAUUAUUUAUCGAUUACUUAUG